AUGACCGCAGCCGCAGCUCGCGGCUGCGGCUGUGCUCUGCUUCUGCUCUUCGCCCUAGCGCUCCCGGGCACCGGCCGUGCGGGGGCGCAGCGCGAGCGCGGCAGCCUGCCGCGCGGCGCCUCGCUCGCCGUCGAGGACCACGCGUCCGACCUCCUCGUCUCCCCGGACGGCGCCUUCGCCUGCGGCUUCUACGCCGUCUCCCCCACCGUCUUCACCUUCUCCGUCUGGUUCGCGCGCUCCGCCGACCGCGCCGUCGUCUGGACGGCCGCCGCCAGCGCCACGGCGCGCCGCGCCGUGCACAGCCAGGGCUCCCGCCUCGCGCUCGACGGCCGCCGCGGCGCGCUCGUCCUCACCGACUACGACGGAGAGGUCGUCUGGAACUCCACCGCCCACGACGGCGCCGCGCGGGCGCGGCUCCGCGACACCGGCAACCUCGCCGUCGAGGACGCCCGGGGGGCCGUCCUGUGGCAGAGCUUCGACCACCCCACCGACACCCUGCUCCCCGCCCAGCGCCUCGGCGGCGCCGCCGGGAGCGGGCUCGUGUCCACCAGCAGGCUCCUCGCGGCUGGGCACUACGGCUUCCGGUUCAGCGACUACGCCAUGCUCUCAAUGGUGUACGACGACGGCGGCGAGGUGUCCAGCAUCUACUGGCCCAACCCCUACUUCAGCUACUGGCAGAACAGCCGCAAGAUCUACAAUUUCAGCCGUGAGGCAGAGCUCGAUUCCUCGGGGCAUUUCUUGGCCAGCGAUAACGCGACGUUCGAUGCCGCCGAUCUGGGCGGCGCCGGGGUCAGGAGGAGGCUGACGCUGGACACCGACGGCAACCUCCGGCUGUACAGCUUGGACGCCGGCGACCAGACGUGGACCGUGUCGUGGAUGGCGUUCUCCAACCCUUGCAUCAUCCACGGCGUGUGCGGCAUCAACGCGCUGUGCCUCUACACGCCUUCACCGGCCUGCGUCUGCGCCCCCGGCCACGAGCGCGCCGACCGGAGCGACUGGAGCAGGGGCUGCCGGCCGACGUUCAGCAACUCCACCGGCGGCCGCGACGAGAAGGUGAAGUUCGUGGCGCUGCCGCACACCGAUUUCUGGGGCUUCGACCUCAACAACAGCGAGUUCCUGUCGCUGGACGCGUGCGAGGAGCAGUGCACCGGCGAGCCGUCGUGCGUGGUGUUCCAGUACAAGCAGGGCAAAGGGGAGUGCUACCCCAAGAGCCUCAUGUUCAACGGCAGGACGUUCCCGGGCCUGCCCGGCACGGCCUACCUCAAGGUCCCCGCCGACUUCAACGUGCCGGAGCUGCACGUCCAUCAAUGGCAGACCGAUGAUGGCCUCGCCAUCCAGGAGGACAUUGCCGGAUGCGAUGCCGCGGCACCGGAGGUAGUCAUGCUCAACGUCUCCAGCACGGCGAAGAUGAGCAGCAACCAGGGCAAGUCGUUAUGGUUCUACUUCUACGGAUUCUUGUCCGCGUUCUUCGUCAUCGAGGUGUUUGUGAUAGCGUUCGGGUGCUGGCUCUUCUCCAAGAAAGGGAUACUGUCCAGGCCAUCGGAGCUGCUGGCCGUGGAGGAAGGGUACAGGAUGAUCACCAGCCAUUUCCGGGCGUACAGCUACUCAGAGCUGCAGAGUGCCACCAGGAAGUUCCGCACCGAGAUCGGGCAUGGCGGGUCGGGCACCGUGUACAAGGGGGUCCUGGACGACGACAGGACGGUGGCCGUCAAGGUGCUGCAGGACGUGAGCCAGAGCGAGGAGGUGUUCCAAGCCGAGCUGAGCGCGAUCGGCAGAAUCUACCACAUGAACUUGGUGAGGAUGUGGGGGUUCUGCUCAGAAGGCGCGCACCGGAUUCUGGUCUACGAGUACGUCCACAACGGAUCAUUGGCAAAUGUGCUGUUCCAAAGCACCGGAAAUUCCGGCAGGUUGCUGGGAUGGAAGCAGAGGUUCAACAUCGCCGUCGGCGUGGCCAAAGGACUGGCAUACCUUCACAAUGAGUGCCUGGAGUGGAUCAUCCACUGCGACAUGAAGCCGGAGAACAUACUGCUGGAUGAUGAAAUGGAGCCCAAGAUCACCGACUUCGGGCUGGCGAAGCUGCUCAACAGAGACGGGUCCGACUCGGGCUUGUCGCGGAUCCGAGGAACAAGGGGGUACAUGGCACCCGAGUGGGUCUCCAGCCUUCCCAUCACCGAGAAGGUCGACGUGUACAGCUACGGCGUGGUGCUCCUGGAACUGAUGAAAGGGCAGAGGGUUUCGGAUUGGGUGGUGGAUGGGAAAGAGGGGCUUGAAACUGAUGUCAGAACCGUGGUGAAGAUGAUCGUCGACAGAUCGAAGCGCGGCGAUGGAGGAUGGGUUGCGGACCUGGUGGAUGAACGGCUUGAUGGCGAAUUUAACCAUGCGCAAGCUAAAAUAUUUGCCCAGUUGGCUGUCUCAUGUUUAGAGGAAGAUAGAAACAAAAGGCCCGGUAUGAAGAAUGUAGUGCAGACGCUCAUCUCUACAGAUGAUGAGUCCAGAGAUAAUGAAUAUCCAGAAAUUUGA